UCCAUUUGUGAUCCACCGUGAUUUCGGUGCUCGAUCGGGGGUUUUGUGAACAACACGAUGUGGGGUCGAGGAGUUUUUUUAGUAUCGUUCGCGCUUGUAGCGUUCGGAACCACAACAAAAUGUCCGAAGAGAAGAAUGUCGCCUGUCAGAGAAAUUUUCUGCUAUACUUCGUCUUUCGAUGUGCAGCUACUAGUUGACUCAGUCUGCAGCUGUACCACUUUGGUGCACCAAAAUCAUGAUGUACGGAAUUUCUCAAUUUCCGACAUUGCUGAUUUGCGGAAGUCUUUGAAAGAAAUGUAUCCGCCUCUUCAAUUUGUAAUUUCGAUAAAUGAUCCUGCAAAGAUGCUCGAAACUUCCGCUAUGAUACGACAAGAAACUAUCGCUCGAAUUAUCGCCAUUAUGAAGGAGGUGGAUGGCGUUGAGAUGAAUGUGACAGCAGGUUCCAAAGAACGACUUCAUAAUUUUAUCAAAAGUCUGAAAAACGAAAUGACUCGGAAAAUGUAUGACAAGAGAAUUUUUCUGGUUUUGCCUAGUGAAUCGGAAAAUAUAGCCAAGCAGUUUGAUCUUAAAGAACUCAUCAAGUACAUUGAUCUGUUUACACUAUCAACAGACUAUUUGACAGACGAGGAUGGAGCCUUUGUUACCUUCCAUCCCUCGCGUUUGAUGGGGCUUUUCGAUAUGCUAAAUACGGACAACUUGGUAGACUUGAUAAGUGGAUUAGGAGUACCCAAGCAGAAAAUCUUGAUAACCUUGCCGGCAAACGCAUACAAAUUCACAUUGAAAGAUGAGGCUGAGAACGCUCCUAGAUCAGAAACCACGGAAAAGGAGCCUAUACCGAUUGAUCGUAAACAACUCUGCGAAGCCAUAAACAAUGGAGAAUGGACCGUGGAGCGAGAUGAAGAUCUUACAGCGCCGUACGCAUUUCAAAAUAAGACGUGGAUUGCUUUCGAGGAUAAGAUUUCGGUUGGAAUAAAGGGGAAGUAUGUAUUGUUGCGCGAUUUGGCAGGAUUAGCAGUGCGAAAUAUAGAAAACGAUAAGAAAACUGAGUGCGAAGAACCGCUCACGCAAGAAAUUUAUCAUUCCUUCGUCGAAUUUAGAAGGAAAUCGAGACAGGCCGUACUUAAUGCAUUGGAAGACGAGCUUCAUCAAAUGCAAUUUUCAUAUCCAAAUCAAGCAAAAACAUCCAGCUUCCGUGUUGUUCGCGUAGUAGAUACAGAGGGACAUAUCAGAGCUGUCCGCGAAAGCACGCAAACCGAAUUUGUCUGUAGAAGACAAGGCUAUUUUGUCCAUCCUAAGAGUUGUAAUAGAUUCUAUCGCUGUGUGAAAUUCAAUCAAGCCGUGGAGGACUAUUCCGUUUUCGAAUUUGAUUGCCCGGCCGGUUUGUCGUUUGACGAGCGCACGGAGGUUUGUGUCUGGCCAGGAUCCUUGCCUGAAGGCUCACCGUGUCCUGGCAGCAGCGAGAUCGCUCCUGUUGCACCAAAGAGAUUCGAAUGUUCUCAACCUGGCUAUUACGCGGAUCCACAAAACUGUCGUUGGUUCUUUGCUUGUAUGGACUUAGGUGAAUCGGAGUUAAUGGCGUUCGAGUUUCGCUGUCCUUACGGCUUGGUGUUCGACGAGAAAAAAUUAGUAUGCGAAUGGCCAUGGUUGGUUUCAGCUUGCUCCGGCUCUGGAUCUGCCUAUACUAGAGCGGAAUACGAUUAUAAGGGACACACCGCAGAAAUUUCUAGUGUCGGUGUUGGCGGUUAUGUCACCGGUGGUUUACCCGAAUAUUCCACCACAGCUGGAACGAGUUAUUCUAACGUAGACUAUUCUAAAACAACCAAUACUCAUGGAGCAAGCUAUUUUGGAUCUAAUACAGGAUAUUUCGACGGACAUGGUAUCUCGACUUCUGGAAAUAAAGCAAUUUCUGGAUAUGGAUUAUCCAGUACAGCUGGCGUUGAUUAUUCUAAAUCACACGAGCACGGAGGAUCGGUAUCUUCUAUUCCGACGUAUACCGAUGCACAUAGAAUAAAUAUUGGUUUUGUAUCUCCAAGUAUCAAUGUAGCGCAAGGUGCCACGGGAUAUUCUGCGUCCAGUGAUACAAUCGGUAGUACUGUUUCUGCCGGGCAACCUGAUACCAGAUAUUUUGUGCCUACUGAUGGAAUCAAUACUGAAUAUGCCAACACUGGAUCACUGCAAGGAAUUAGUGCAGGUUUUCCGGGAUCUACAACAGGACAGUUUGCCGGAACCGUACAAAGAGGUCAUACAGAAAAACAAGGUGUGACACAUUUCGGAACAUCUGGAUUAAGUUAUUCAAAUUCUGUGGGAGGAUACACAGGAAGCGUUAGUACAAGUAAUCCGACAGCAGGUUCAGUGAGCUAUUCGAAAACGCCAGGAGCGAGCUAUCCAGAGUUGCCUGUCGGCAUCCACGGAGGCUCUGCUGGUCCGAAAUAUGUCGGAUCGACGAAUGUAUACGCAGACUCCGGCACGUUUAAUACCGGCAGUUAUUCAGCUUCUACCUCAAAAUCCGGAAUAACUUCGGGAAUUUCCGCUGCCUCCGAGUAUACCGGUGGUAUCGAUAACAGUCAUUUUGUAAGCGGUAGCACACCAUAUUCAGGAGUAACAGGUACUUCUACGACAAGAACAAGAUAUAACGACGAGCAGGGUUACACAAUUCCCGUAUUCAUACAGCAAGAAGAACCGAUCUAUCCCUCGAUUAAGCCAACAGGAGGAGUCAGAAUUAGCGGUCAUAUUGGAACAAUUCGAACAAGCGGAGGCAGUGCGACAAGCAGCUACGAGAAAACGGAUUUCACGAGGCCGCAUUUAAAUGUCAGCGUUUUCGGCAGUCAGAUUCCUACCGGCUACGAUAUUCAAAGAGGCACCACCGGUACAAUUCUGUCUGGAAGCAGCAAAGAAGGAAGUAUCUUUACCGGUGGCUCGUCUUCAGAAUCUGCUUUCAGCUACGGAAACAUUCCUGGAACGAUAUCAACUCCCACUGUUAAACAAGACGUUUUGACGAUCAGUGGUCAACCUAAUUAUAUCGCUACUUCUUCCGGAACACCGGGAUACGUAAUUAACAAUGGAGUGAAGACCGUAGAAUCAUCUCAUUCCUUGUCAUACGGAACGCCGACGCCUGCAAUUUUGUUCAACGGCCCUUCAAUAUCCGACGUCAUUCUGAAAGGUAUCACACCGGGUGUGGUUGUUUCUGGACAAACCGCUCCGGGAAUAUCCGCAGGAAGUUCCAUUCAACAAGGAAUCAUCGAGAGUUCAACCGACAGAGCAUACGUGUCGCAAUCAGAUGUAACUCGUCAUGAUAUCAGAGGUGGCGAAGCCGCUACAAGAGGGUCGGUAACUUAUUCAAGCGGCACUUUAAGCGGAGGAUUAAAACCAACGAGUUCUCAAGGCUAUAAACCUGAUGGAGAAUAUGGCGCAGCUCCUUACGAUACCGGCAAAUAUACAGAGAAAGACAUUCCGGAUUAUAGAUCGAGCAGCUCCAUUUUUCCUGAUUCUAUUAUACAAGGAAAUAGAAUAGAGAGCAAUAGAGGUUUUAGCGCGGGUUCCACUUUUACCGGUGCGUAUGAUGGUCCGUCCACCGCGGCACCGGGAUAUUCUUCAACCAAAUCGGCUGUUUUCACACCAAGUGGCUUCACAAAGACCGGUCCGACCAGAACAGGUAUAACCACUGCCAUUCUCGGAGGUGGAGGUAGCUAUUCAGUGAGUACGGGUGAACGUCGGCCUACUUUGAAUCCUGAAAAUAUUAGCGAAAAGGCAUUCCAAGGUAAUGUCGGAUAUACCACUUCCGGUUAUUCGUAUCCCAAGCCGAGCGUUCAGCUCGGAACCAGCGAUGCAACGUUUUCCUCAACGCCGAUUUCAUCGACUGAAAUUAAUUUACCCGGCUCGACAGCUGCGCCAAGUCGCGCAAAUUUAGAACCAGGUACUCCCGGCUACUCGUAUCCUAAACCAGCUAUUCAGCUUGGAACUAGCGACGUCACGCUUUCCUCAGCACCGAUUUCAUCGACUAAUUUUCCUAUUGCUACGCCUACGCCAUUCCUGAUCAAUGUGCAGAAUGAAUCACUGGAUGUGUUUAAAACUAAGAUACCUACAGUUAGACCUAUAAUUUACACCACUGAACAUCCAGAUAUUUAUGGAACAACUCAUUUUGAAGCGGCUAGAAUCCCGACCGUCAGGCCUGUCGUUGACACCGAUUAUAAGAGAAUAGCUGUCCCUACGAAUAUUCCAGUGUCAGUAUUGCACGAUUUUACUCAACGGAUCGACGGCUCACAGACUGCAUCGGUAUCCACGUCUAGUUCUUUCCAGCAGACCGAUUCGAGCGGUCAGAAGGACUAUAGUUCCUUCACUUCGUCGCCUCCGUCUUUGGAAUAUCUUCCUGCACAGUCAACUGCAAGACCUGGCGCAAUUGCGUCUACCACGAAAUACGAUAUACCUACUGCGCGACCACAGCCGUCCAUUGGAGUAACAUACAAACGACCUUCGCCAGUCUCUGAUGUUACGUACAAAAGUCCUUCGCCAACUACCUUUAGACCUUAUUAUUCCGAUCAAAGAUUUUCGACGUCGCCGUUCUUGAAAACAACCUCGAACGACGGCUCGCCGACAAACUUGGAUAUUCCGAGAGAUAAAAUUGACAAAAUGAUUACAAAUUAUGGCAGAGGCACUGUCAAGUACUCGCCGAGCGUGUACGAUACUUACGCAAGCUCAGAAUUCGAUUCGACUUCGGGUAAUAAAUUCUCUACAUCAUUAUCGUCUACGAAAUCAUCGUUCUCCGGACAGACUGGCGGUACUUUUGCCAUUACAACAUCGUCCGGCCUCGCACCUUCUUCGUACGAGGUCACCACGAAGUCGCCUGAAAAUAAGGGCAAGGUCAUCGUUAAAUGGAGCGAUCUUCAUCCGCUUCUUCUAGGUAAGCUCGGAGCAGAGUGCACAUGCAAGGCUGACCCCUUCGCUACUCUUCGCGGUCCGGGAAAGAACCUGAUCGCGUCUUCAAGGGGCAAAGUGGAUCUUGCGAACUACGACGAAUCUGAGAUCUACGUUGAUCUCGAAAACGACAGCUCUUCCGAAGAGGACGAUUACAUUACCAGUUACCACGAUUCUUCGCAGCCUUACAAAAUUAGUCCGCUCGAGACGACAACGGAUUCGACCAAUGUACCGUCAUCCUCUUAUUUGCCUUCGCUUAACGUCGGCAGAAGAAACAUUGCUCCCGCAAUAGAUAUUCGCGCAGAUGCAAAGAGUGAUACACUUAGACGAUCUUCCGGAUUCCAGGCUGGUCGUCGAACUGGCAAAAAAUUAGAAGAUGAAUAUUCACAGAAUUCUGCUUCCUACGAGGAAGACGAUCCUGACCAGAUUAUUGACGGUGCCACCAACUGUGCCAGACCGGGUCUCUUCAGGCAUCCUAAUCUCUGCAAUAAGUUCUACGCUUGUCACUGGGACCAGUGGAAGAAGAAGUUUACGCUUCACAUCUUCAAUUGUCCUAUUCAUUUAACAUUUGAUUCAAGCGUGAGCGCGUGCAAUUGGCCAAGCAAGGGUCCAGCUUGCCAAGCCGGCAAUUUAUUAGUGGUGGUGUGGGCGGUGCUGAUAUUGGCAGUGGCCGCGUUGAUCAAUGCAACAACAUCAGAUUCACCGGAAAAUUCUCCUGGUAUCACUACGAUCGGCUCGAAGAAAUUGGCGACUGCCGCCGAUUGCGCCGGGGUCGUCGCCUUCUCCGCCACUCAAGGCUCAGUGAAUGACACUAAACUCAUUCUCGCCGAGACUCUGGUGGACAAAGGUGUCGGUUAUGCGGCGCAAACGGGGAUCUUCACCACGCAUUGUCCAGGCCUCUAUCAAUUCAGCUUCGCCGGGUACGGUAGUAUGGAUCUGCGGUUGACACUGAAACGCAAAGUAAAUAAGUCCGACAGCUGGAAAGCGGUUGUCGGUGCUGGUCCAGGCGGAGGAAGCAAUCUUGUCCUGUUGGACGUCGAAGCCGGCGAUCAACUUGCCGUCUUCGUUGAGUCCGGGAAAAUCAACGACGGAGCGACAUUCACAGGUCAUCGUGUUUACAAAAGAUAAGCUGGAUCAUUUUCAAAUCAAUCAUCAGUAAAACAAAAUCGAAAAUCACAUACCAAAAGUAACUCUAACGAAUAAUCAAAGUUUAAAUAUUCAAUAAAAUUUCGGAAAAAAAUCAAUAAACAGAAAAAUGUACAUUAAAAAGUAACAUCUGAUAAAGAAUUCCGAAUUGCGUGAUUUGAUUAUUUUUCUUUUGGCUAGCAAUAUUUUGCAAAUUUGAUAAUAGAAUUGCGAAACGUUAAACGAUCAGAAUUACAAGACAUAGAUGCAAUAAAAUCAACAUGAUUAUCAGGUUUUUAAAUUAUUGGAUCUUCACUAAUUCAGUCAAAAAUAUUUUUAAAAUGUUCUUGCAAAUAUUGUUACAAACAUCGAAGACGAAAACUUCUUGAUGAAUUUAACACUCUGUGAUAGCUGUUUUUCUUUGCUCAAUCAUUUACUUAAUAUUUUUUGGUAGAACUUAAUAAUGCUUUUGCAGAGAACUCAGUAAUGCUAAAAUUAACAAAAUAUUCAUCUUGUCAACUUUUUUCCAACAAAAUGCUAUUCUUUAUGUGGUUUAUUGUAUUGCAGUUAUUUUCGAUCUUUCGUUGUGCUUAUUCUAUUCUAUGUCUAUAUUCUACUCUAUGUCUGUAUUAACAUUUUAUAAUACAUAUUCUAAUGUAUAAUAUUUUCUUUCUUCGUAGAAAAAAAUUUUAAUGAUAUUUUAUAAACUAAUACAAAUUUCUCUGAUUUUUAUCUUUUGCUUUGCACUUUCUUCGACCCUAUUUUUCUCGUGUUCUUGUACACAUUAACUUUCUCCUUGUUCUCUCAAUAUUUUAUUUUGCUCUAUAUUUUGCUUUAUAUUUUUUACUAUAAUAACAUAAUUACAGAUCGACUUUCCCGGCUCAACACUUGCGUGUCCCUCUUUUCCAUAUUUCUUUCACUAAUUAUAUUUCUAGUCUUUUUUCGUCUUUAUUUUGUUUCUUCCUUUGCUAAAAUCUUUAUAUAUUUUUCUUCUCUUUCCUAUCUUUUUUCACUGGUCAAAAGUAUCUUUGCAUUCUUGAUUGUCUUGACCAAACUUUGCUUCCAAUAUUCAAAACUUCUCUACUUUUCUAUAUUUCUUUUUUAUUUAAAUCUUUCUCUACACUUUCUUCUUUAUCUAUCUCUUUAAGACUACAAUAUUAUUUCUUUAAACUUCUAUCCACCUAUUUUAUUUCCAUACAUUACUUCUUUCUACUUUUCUGCGAUGCUUUCACUCUCAUUCUCUUUCUUUCAUUUCUUCAUCGUAGUUCUACGCUUUCUUGCAUUUGACUUUUUGUUCUAUUACUUCUAAUUCUAUUCAUUGGUUUCAUUACUAUUUUCUAUUUUAAAUUUAUUUUUUCUCAUUUUUUAAAUUUCUUUUAACACUUUUAAAAAACCUAUACGCUAUAUUUUUCUUGUCAAAAUUCUCUUACCUGUUUUUUUCCUUUUUCUUUCGUCUCUACAUUUUCUGUCUUAUAUAUAAUACAUUCUUUUUCUAUUUAAUUCUAUUUUCUCUUUUAAUCUACUUACUGUACAUUAUUUGUCUAUUUAUCUUUCUUUUUUUAUCUAUCUACCUGUUCUGCACUCUGUUUAUUCUUCUAUCUGUCUAUCUAUCUGUCAAGUUUUCGCUAUCACAGUAGUUACGUCGGAGAGAAGACUAAUUGGCAAAAAAAAUUGUAAACAAAAAAGAAAUAAUUAGUGAUUAAUUGUGUCAGAGUUGUACAAUUGACUUAUUUCGCUAGUUAACAUCGCGGGUAUUACGAUGAUUUUCAACUCAGUCAGUUGUGCAACUCUGAAUUAAGUAACGAUGGAGACACGUGCGCGUAUGUGCGGCGAACAGUGCGAAUUAUUUUUUUAUAAUUUUAUUAAACUUAUGAAUACAAAAAAAGUAUUAACAAUGAAUA